AGCGUAUCUCAUGUAAACUCUUCGCCAGCUUGUAAUUUUGCACGUUGGGCUCACGAUUUCUGGUCUCUCUGUCGAAGUUACGGUGGACACAUUUCGCGGCUCCACAGGAAAUACGGUCCAGCUCACGCAGCACGGUCCGUGCUGGGGUAUUUCAAGGACCAAGCCCCUCGCUAGACGCGACGACGACGACAUAAUCUUCCUGGUGUACGCUGGGAAAGCAUCAGGACACCGUCAUCCAGUCCGAGUCAGUGACUCGUACAAGAAAUUGAAGGGACGAAGCAUACCCUCCGCGGUGCACGUACGAUGGACGGCGACGUCCAAGAUACCACAAGGUACAGCGGGUGGCAGUACAGCGGAAAAGUCAUGAUCCCGCACGAACCAUCCAGCCUUUCGCCGCAUGUGUUUUGGGAAAAGUACAUUAGUAAGCGCCGGCCCGUCGUUCUUGACGGUUUGCUGCCAGAGCCUUCGUUCCAAGGGCAAAAAUGGACGGACCUCAACUAUCUCUCCACAGUGGCAGGCGAUGCACGCGUCAAGAUCGAGCCCAUGCAUCCCGAACUGCAGCGGUUCGGAACAGCCAUGACACGACGCACGGUUCAUCUGGCAAGAUUCAUCGACAUGUUACAACAUCCGGACGCAAAGGAGAGAGGCGCAUACUACCUUACGACCCAGUACGACUCAGAGUCUGAACUAGACGGCCUGACACCCGAUGCAUCCGACUUGGACCCGGUUCUGCCGUCGCCCACCCAUGCGCUCAUCCGUGACUUUCCGGCUCAACCAUCGCUCAUGGGUGGCCUCGUCCUACAACAGUGCAAUCUGUGGCUCGGAGCUGCUCCAGAUACAACGCAGCCGAAUGGAAAGGUGGCAAACGGCGGCAUGAGCACUGGCGCCACUGCUGCUACCGGCACCAGCUCCGGCUUGCAUCAUGAUUUUCACGACAAUCUCUACGUCCUUCUCUCCGGUGCGAAGCGUUUCUUGCUUUUUCCGCCUACGGCACACGAACACUUGCAUAUCCGAGGGAAGGUGCAGACCGUCCACGAGAACGGAUUGAUUGUAUACGAUGAUAAGACUGAUGGGACCGAUGGCCUCCCGCGCGUUCAAGCGGCGCAGUGGCGCCUGCGCGCGCGGCUGCGUCUGCUGCGCGAGCUCGAGGAGCUCGCAGCGCAAUCUGCUGGCGAAGCCGAGCGCAGUCGUGCGCAGCGCAAGGACGAGGGCGAAGACGAAGGCGAAGACGAAGACGAAGACGAAGACGAAGACAAAGACGAAGACGAAGACGAAGACGAAGACGAAGGCGAAGACGAAGACGAAGGCGAAGACGAAGACGAAGGCGAAGACGAAGAGAGCGAGGCUGACUCCCAUGAAGUCGAGGAAUCCGCUCGUAACGGUGCUGGUUCCGAAAGGAUCAAGAAGGAGCCACAGAGCUUUUCGCGUAUAAAGCCAGCUGUGCUGCAUGCGCAUUUCGGCAUC